AUGGCGUCUCUCGCCCUACGACCAGCGAACGCGUCGGAAGAAGCCAAGAACCCCGCCGACGUUCACGACAGUACCAACGGUGAUGCACCGGCACCUGUAGAUGAAGAUGUAGCCAUGGACGACGACAUAGACGAAUCGCUGCUCCGCGACCAACUACGCCAACAACAAGACGAACGCGCCCAACGACUCCAAGCAAAGAACAGGCGCAAGCGCUACCUCGAGGUACACCCCGAAUACUUCUCCGACUCGUCGCUCGAACUCGCCGACCCGCUUCUCUACGACCGUCUUAUACGUCGCUUCCAAACCGCAUCCGAACGUGAAACUGAAGGGCGCAAGAAGGGCUUCUCUGGUCAAAUGGCCACGGAUCUGUGGCGCGCCGAAGCAAAGAAGGAUGCGCUUUCACAGCCAGACCCAAACAGUCUCUUCACAUACAACCGAGGACCACAGGGCCAGAUAGUGGAGGAGGACAAGGACGAUGUGCAAAUGACAAAGGAAGAAGGGAGGGCGUGGUGGGUGGACGAAAUGACACAGCGUUUCCUGAGAGGUGGGGACGAGGAUUUUGAGUAUGAGAAAUUGGUGGACAAGAACCCCAAAUACGAUGAUCCUGAGCAGGAGAGAGACUUGGAGGAUGCAUAUUUCGACAGCAUGGAGAGCGACUUUGACUCGGAUGGGGAGGGCAAGGAGAAGGUGCUCACGGGUGAAACAGGCAUACAAGACUACUGA